AUGACCUAAAGGUCUAUAUUACCAGGUCAUAAAAUUAAAAAAAAAAGACAUUUGAUUUGUUUUAUCUUAUUGACUUAUUUUAUCGAAGAAAUGAAAACCUUUUAUAAGAUACAAGCACAUGGUUUAUAAUUUAGUCACAUAACUAGUGUAUUUCUACAUAAAUAAGUAAACUGUGAAUUAGAGCACAAGUAUUCCUUACCUUGCUAUAUAUCUAACAACAUAUACUGGGUCAUAUACCCUGUAGUUAUAAAUAUGGAGUUUUUCGAAAAAGCUCACAUACCAAUAAGUGAUGAUUCCAAAAAAGACAAAAAACCAGAUGAAAAAAUAAAGAAACAACUAAAGCAAAUGUUAUAUGGAUACAAGAAAAGUGACAAUGAGCUUAUUAGAAAGUCGGAAAACGUAGAGGAAUCGGAUUCCACUUCAGUUAGCGGCUUUUCUGAUUUAAACAUUUCAAACGCUACUUCAGAUAAUGACACUACGAGAGCUACAUUGGACAGUAGUGAUCUAGAUUCUAUAUCUAAUUUAGUUGACAGUAAUGAGGCUUCAUUAAUUGAAGGUACAUAUUCGCCAGUUAGAGACGUGAGUGAAGAUUUAUCCAAUUCUAAAAGUGAAAGAGAAUCUGAAAUGAAUGAAGAGAGUGACUCAGUUUUUACCUUCGGUUCUAAUGUUAGUACUACUGAGACCAAAUCUGAUACUGAAAGUUCAACUCAAUUUGAUUCUGAUGGAGUAUUGGCUCAAAAAAUUCACGAUAGGCUAAAUACAGUCAAAUUUCCGCAUGAAAAAUUAAAAAGAAAGAGGAUUGAUAAUAACAAGCACUCAAUAAUCUCAGCCUGUGAAGAAGAAUUAAUUGAACCGAAAAUAUCAAAAAAAGAAGAUUCUCUUGCAUUCACAUGUGAAAAUAUGCAGUUCUCAGAUUAUUCAGAUUUUCAAAGCAAUGUCAAUAAAGGCAGCGUCACAUACACAGUCAAGCCAACCUCAACAUUUGUGUCUAUUACAUCUAAAAAUGCUAAAACUGAAAACUUUGAUGAUAUUAUGGGGCAUUAUAGAAAUGCUAUUUUUCAAAAUAUUAGUAAUGAACGUCACAAUGUAACACUUUCUCCUUUUAACAUUUUGGAAGAUGGUAAUGAUGAUAUACAAGUUGAUAGUUCAAUAUCUGAAUUGGGGGUAGAAGUAAAUGUUAAGGAUAGUGACAUGACACAAUCUACAUCUGGGUCAGAUGUUCAGAAUGAUGAUGUGAACAAUGAUACAAAUAAUUCCCAAACAACAGAAGAAGAUGUUACUUCCGAUGAUGUGGUAUGCUCAACAGAAAACUAUAAAAUAUAUUAUGGUUACGAUUCUGUUAUUAUAGUUUUGAAACAUCCUUCAGAAUUGUUCAUUCAUGGUAAAGUUAUUGUAAGCAAAUUAGGAGGACUUGCUCAAAUAUAUGGAUGUAAUUUAAAAAAUACACCUUACUAUGUGUAUGCUCCAUUUUACAAUUUUGCUCACUGUGUCCGGACAAUAGAGGGUUCAAAUUAUUGUACCGGAUUGUUUGGCAAUUUAACUUCAAAAGGAGUUUCCAUCCCCGAUGCUGAAGAAAUUGUUACUAAAAUGGGCACAAAUGAUGUAGUGUUAGCUUUUGAAAAAUUGUUCACUUCAAAACAGGAAUUUUUAGAACAUAACUUCAAGGCUUGCAACUUGUUUCGUAAAACAGCAGAAAAUGUUCCGUUGAACUUUAAAAGAGCCUCCGAGAUGCUGGGAUGUUGUUUGUAUCCAGAACAGCCUUAUAAACAUUUUGAAGAAAAUCCAAAAUGGGAACUAGCAGCUAAAGCUGGCGCAGUAAAUAAAAAUAUUAGUAUGGUUUGUGGAGGUAAAGGUAGUGGGAAGUCGACAUUCCUUCGCUACUAUGUGAACUGGCAGAUAUCUUACAAUGAUGGGCCCAUACUCGUUAUAGAUUUGGAUCCGGGACAAUGUGAAUUCACUAUAGCAGGCAGUAUAUCUGCAACGGUUGUCUUAGAAACAGAGCCUCUCCUAGGACCUAAUUUUACACAUCUCAAAAAGCCUAAUAUAAUGCUGAACAUUGGAAUGAUAAGCGCUAUGGAUAAUCCGAAGCGCUAUUUAAAUGCUGUAGAUCAGCUGAUUGCCGAAUGUAAAGACAAUGAUUUUAUGAGCAGUAUACCUUGGAUUGUCAACACAAUGGGUAUGUGCAAUGCCCUCGGUUUGAAAUUCAUCACUUACAUUAUACAACGCAUUCAACCGACAUUACUACUGCAAAUAGAAUUACAGAAUACGAAGAAAAAUUUCCCUUAUCAUUUGACAAUACAAAAAGUUGAAGAAUUAUAUGAGCAAUAUAAAUACGAUAGAUUAUUUGCUAAUCUACCACGACAGAAUGAAUUGUCGUACACACAUGUAGUAACUGAAGCAGUGACAUUCCGUACGAAUACUAACUCUGAUAGUACGUCUUUAGCUGCAAGAGAUCAGAGGUAUCUUAAUUUCUUAUCUUAUUUUGGACAAAUUGCUGAUUACUCAUCAUCACUGCUAAACGUCACCCCAUAUUCAGUUAGUUUACAAGAUCUAUAUAUCGCGACAAAUAUCAGAAUUAAUAGAGACUCAAUUACCAAAGUGCUGAAUGGGAAAGUGGUGGCACUCUGCAAACACACCGAUAAGACUGCCAAGGUGUUUACACUGACAGAUAAGCCUCUACUCUGUUAUGGACAUGGACUUAUUCGUGGUAUUGAAAAUGACAUUUUGUAUGUAAUCACUCCAGUAUCAGCUAAAUGUCUAUCUUCAAUCAACACUAUCCUUUACGCGGACUGGAUGCCGGAAUUAAGAGGUCAGGAGAAAUUUCUCCCAGAAGGGACAAUGGUGCCUUACAGAAUGCUCAGUCAGUACGAUCAGAGACAACUCAUUUCAGCACCACGAAGAAGAUUUAACCCAAUACAACUAUUAAAAAUGUCAAGACACAAGUAACUUUGAAAUUGAACAUUCAGUUGACUCUUAUGUUUGUUGUGGUGGUUUUGUAUAAAGAAUCUUGUGUAAUUGUCGAAAAUAUAUGUUGUACGUAACUC